AGUGAUUGGAGACGCGACAAGGCCUUGAAGAAGAGCUCAUCUCCCUCUUAUCCUCACUCACCACAAGCAAACGCAGCAAUGGCGCUCAACCUAACAAAUUCCUUCCUUCAACUUCAACGGCCAAUUUCCUCGGCCGUUGCACCGCCCAAGCACAAGGAAUCUGGAGCUAGAAGUCACCGGCCGGUGGUGACCUGCCGGAAAAAGGAUCUGCACCCCCAAUUUUACGAGGAUGCUAAGGUUUAUUGCAACGGAGAAUUAGUUAUGACGACCGGCGGGACCCAGAAAGAGUAUUCAGUGGACGUGUGGUCGGGAAACCAUCCGUUCUAUUUGGGAAGCCGAUCCGCCCUGCUCGUCGACGCCGAUCAGGUCGAGAAAUUCCGCAAGAAAUUCGGAGAGCUGUCGCAGUUGAUGGAGAUUCCUGUUCUUAAGGGCGAAAUCAUUCUGCCCUCAAAGCGUAAAUCCGCAAAAGGGAAGAAGAAGUAGAAGAUUCUGAAGAUUUCAGUUGGGUUGGUAAUCAGUUAAAUUCCAAAUGCAUAUUGAGAUUUUUGGUUCUUUCAAUUGCUUUAUAUAUAUCCUCCGUGUAAUUUAGCAAAAUCGACACUAAUUUGUCUGAACCAAACGAUUUGUUUCUUUGCCUCGCACUGCCUUUGCUAAUUCUAAAUGCUCAAACUGUUGAUGAA